AUGGCGUCGGCGGUCACAGCGGUUUUGGCAGUGCUAACCGCUGUUUCUGCGGUUAUGACCACCAGUACUUCAAUCGUAGCUUCGUUUUUGGCAGAGGAAGCAGCCCUUUCUCCCUUGGAACGUUUGCGGAAGAGGAACACGGCACGAGCCCUGCGUCUGAAAGAAGUGGAUGAGGCUGUUCAGCAGUUGCUCGCCCUCCGUGCGCAGAGUUCUGCAAUUGUUGAUCUCGCCUCCAACGAAGUCCAAGCAGUAGUGGAAGACCGCGAUCGCCGCCUGAAUGAGACUAUGUCACUGGAGAUAAGGUUGUCCGCAGAAUUGGAGCAGGCUAAGGCUGAGGAUGCACGAGUGGCCUAUGAGCAACAGACAACCGAUAACCGCCUUUCUCGCCUAUCCUCCGAGAUAGAGGAACUGAAACAAGUUAUAGCUAACGCACAUGCUUCUUUGGUCAUUCAAGAGAAGGCUCGUGAGCAGGCGGCAAAGGAGUUGGAGGACAUUGAGUCUCGUCGGCAACUAGUCGCCGAUUCUGUUGAGGAGAAGGAUCAAGCUCUCAAGGAGGUCAAAGAUACCGUUCAGGACUUAGUCUCGCGCCCCGAAGAAGAUCUUCGUCGAGAGAUCCUAAGGAGGCUUGAGCUUCGCCUAGCCGGAGAGAUUCGUGAGGCGGAACUGCGGUUGAAAGCUUUGUAA